AUGGAGAAGGUCCUUGUCCUUCUGCUGGUUGCCCUGGCAGUGGCCUAUGCGGCACCUGACCCUCGGGGAAUCAUUAUCCACCUGGAGGAAGGCGAGCUCUGCCUGAACAGCCUUCAGUGCAAGAGCAAGUGCUGCCACCGUCAAACCGGGCUGAGCCUGGCCCGCUGCGCACCCAAGGCCAGCGAGAACAGCGAGUGCUCCGCCAAGACACUCUAUGGGGUUUACUACAAGUGUCCCUGUGAGCGGGGCCUGACCUGUGAGGUUGACAAGACCAUCGUGGGCUCCAUCACCAAUACCAACUUUGGCUUCUGCCAUGAUGCUGGACGCUCCAGGAAGUAA